CAACAGUCAAACAUAACUUGGUAGCCCCCGGCCUUAGUUGUGGUAGUUGUCCGCUUACUGGUUCAAGCUGACAGUGCGGACUUGGCCUGUCGUAACCGAGGCUCAAAAUGACGUUGCUGCCUACAACUGUGCUUUUCGCGGUAGUUUUCUCCCUUGCGACCUCGUCGAACCCCGGAAAUGUCGGUUCGUCACCUUCUGAAGGCUACUUCGUAGUGAGAGACAACACAACGGGUCAAGUCUGUCUAAUGGCCGACAUGGACCUACAAUUUAACAUCCUCUACACAACAAAUGACGACGAAGUCGACUACGCUGUCUUCGGCCUACCGCAAACCGCCAACGCUACGGGGUCCUGUGGUCCGGACAACUCUAGUUUGACGCUGACGUUUUACGACGACGCCUUCAGCGUGACGUUCGAGUUCGUAAAAGAAGGCGGCGGCGACGUCGAUCGCUUCCACACGUCCGCUAUCGAGAUCUCCUACAUCGAGCUGGCUGAUAUCUUUCCCGGGACUAAGAACCCGAACGCCAGCAGACAAGUUUCCAACAACACGCUGGACAUCUUCUCCGCAGACGCCGACAAGUCCUACAUGUGUGAGUCCGAAGUGAACAUCACCGUUACCGAAAAUGUGAGCAUCCUCACAAGUCUGGUUCAAGUCCAGCCGUUCGGAGUCAAAUCGGGACAGUUUUCCACGGCUCAGAUAUGCUCUCUGGACACGGAAAACAACAAGAGCGACGUCAACACUGCGGCCAUAGUGAUCGGUGUCGUUGCAGGCGUGUUCCUACUCGGUGGGGUUUUUGCUUACGUGAUUCUGAGCGAAAGAAAGCGCCGAAGCUACGUUAGACUGGACGGUGAUUAAUUGAGGUAGAGUCACCGGUCUUGGACUCUUGGUGUAUGGACCAAUUUCACACUUCCCACAACGCCUAGUUCCCAAUUAGAUUGGUGUGGCCUAAGCCGGCAAAAUGUGGCGACAAACACUAAAAUCAUAUUUCAUGUAGCCUAUACUCUGACAAC